GUGAUUAAUUAUAUUUCAUUUACUGUAUGAUUGGGACUAUAUUAGAGCUGAAGUUGCUGUCAAAAGCUACGAGAAUGGAUAUUAGUGUUAUUGGAUUGAUCUCUCUCAAGGCCGGUUGCGUCGGCUUUUGCUGGGUUGUUAUUGGAACUUUGGCAUGUCACUGUUUUUGUAUUGUUUCACUUAUACUCAAGGUGAUGGCGUAAUAUAAAAUGCAAUGCACAUACGUAUCAUGUCAUGAUACCCGGUACCUACCCCUUUAUAAAUACUCGGAACCUCCUCCAUCAUUUGCACAAAGCUUUUCUUCUCUUAGUACUCUCUUUCAUCCUACACUAUGGGUUUGGACAGUGAAAUUGGAAAUGGAUCGAACAAAGAGCUAGCUUAUGAAUCUAUGAAGAAACAAGAAAGAGAAGGCGGAUUUAAGGCCAACUAUUUCAUCUUUGCAAUGAUGUUUCUGGAUAACAUAGGGUUUGUGGCUAACAUGGCAAGCCUGGUUCUAUACUUUAUGCUUGUGAUACACUUUGACAUCUCUGGCUCUGCUACCACCACAACAAACUACUUGGGUUCUGCAUUCUUGCUUACAUUAGUUGGAGGAUUCAUCUCUGAUGCCUACAUGAAUCGCCUCAACACCACUCUACUCUUUGGUGUGGCAGAACUGUUGGGAUAUUUGUUGUUGAUUAUUCAAUCCCAUUAUACAAAACUGCAACCUUUACCAUGUGGAGAAUCAACCUGCGUUCAUGGCACAAAAGCCUUGCUGUUUUAUGCUUCAAUAUCCUUAGUUGCACUGGGAGGAGGUGGAAUCAGAGGAGCGAUUCCUGCUUUAGGUGCUGACCAGUUCAACUACAAGAAACCCGAAGAGCGCAAGCAUAUAGCUAGCUUUUUCAACUGGCUUUUGCUUAGUAUAACCGUUGGGGCUGUGGUUGGAGUCACAUUUGUGGUAUACGUCAGCACAACGGUUGGAUGGGACAUAGCAUUUAUGAUCUCCUUGUCUUGUGCUGGUGCUGGUCUUGUCAUUGUUGCUUUGGGAAAGCCAUAUUAUCGUGUUCGAGUUGCAGGAGAAAGUCCUUUACUAAGGGUUUUACAGGUUUUGGUGGCAAGUGUAAAGAACUGGAGGGUUCAGGUGCCUCAGAGUCCUGAUGAACUACAUGAAUCCACUAAAAAGAGAGAGAGAAUCACCCACACUGACCAAUUCAGAUUACUAGACAAGGCUGCUAUUCUCCCUAACGGUGUCGAUGCUGCAAUUGCAUCAAAAUGGAAAGUUUGUACAGUAACACAGGUGGAGGAAGUGAAGAUCCUCACAAGGAUGAUGCCUAUUCUUCUAAGCACAACCCUCAUGAACACUUGCUUGGCACAACUGCAAACUCUUUCCGUCCAACAAGGAACCCUCAUGGACACACGCAUUGGUAGUUUUAAUGUUCCAGCAGCCACAAUUCCAGUCAUUCCUCUACUAUUCAUGUCUGUUCUUAUCCCCACCUACGAGUUCACUUUCGUUCCCCUUUUGCGCAAGUUCACUGGUCACCCCAAUGGUAUAACCCACCUCCAGAGAGUUGGUGUUGGGCUUGUUCUGUCAGCCAUCUCCAUGACUAUAGCGGGGUUCGUGGAAGUGAAGAGAAAGCAUGAGUUCAUUCAAAACAAUCACAAGAUCAGCCUCUUUUGGCUCUCAUUUCACUAUGCAAUUUUCGGCAUUGCAGACAUGUUCACACUUGUGGGGUUGAUGGAGUUCUUUUAUAGAGAAGCUCCUGCUGGCAUGAGGUCUCUGUCUACUUCAUUUUCUUGGCUUUCUCUGUCAAUUGGGUACUACCUGAGCUCAGCUUUUGUAGAGCUCAUUAACUCUAUCACUGGUAAGUAUACAGACAGCAAGUUAGGGUGGCUAGAGGGGCUUGACAUGAACAAGAACCACAUAGAACUUUUCUACUGGUUUUUGGCGAUUCUGAGCGUGCUUAACUUUGCAAAUUAUCUUUUCUGGGCCAACUGGUACACGUAUAAGAACGAUGUUACAGUCGAUGAGGAAAUGCUAAUCAAAGCAGGCCAAGUUGGAGCUGAUGAAUCUAACUCACGAAGUGUAAGCACUGUGUCCAGAAACUAAGAUGAAGAGACAGCACUAGUGAAUGUUUAGGAACAACCGAACAACUAUGGAUGGAUAGAGAAAAUUUUGAGUCCCAAGUAAAUGCAGCAUAUAAGACUAAAGGCAAAAAUUUCGAAGUCCUAAAAUUGGAGAUAGUCAUAUAGGUGUAAUUUAAUGUGUGAAUUGUAGUAGUGUAUGUGUUGAUGAAUCACAUAAGAAAGUAUGGUUUCA